UAUUGCUAGUUGGCAUCUAAACCCCAGCUGAUGGAGCAAAACAAACCAGUGUGGCACACGACGCGACAGAGCAAACGUGUGACAUGGAGGAAGACAAUUCGAUUUUGGUAGAUAUCCAGCUGCUCUCUCGAAGUAUUACGUUGGAACAAGGCACAUCGAAUGAAUCAGAAGAAAAAGACGAUGGUUGCUUCAAACCUCCGCCAGCCAAGAAAGCUUGUUUAGCUACAACAUCAACUGCUGAGGAUGAAAAAUCAAAGCUUGAAGUUCGUUUGGGAGGAAUUCUUUGUUGUGCUGUUUGCUUGGACUUGCCUCGUAUGUCCGUUUUUCAGUGUACAAAUGGUCACUUGAUGUGUGCUGGAUGCUUCAAUCACUUGUUGGCUGACUGUCGCAUCAAAGACAACACUCCAACCUGUCCCAACUGCCGUGUGGAGCUCAGUCGUUCAGCCUGCACUCGCAACUUAGCUGUUGAGAAGGCUGUGUCUGAGCUGCCAGCAGAAUGCACUCACUGUGGCCGCAACUUCCCCCGCAAUAUGCUUGAAAACCAUGAAGCAUCAUUUUGCCUCGAAAGGCCGACGCCAUGCCAGUACAACGUGCUGGGCUGUGACUGGAAGGGACCGCAUCGGGAGGCCGCUGCCCACGAGGCCGACUGCAAGCAGCGUUCGCUAUCCGCCUCUGAGAUUCUGCCGUUCUUACGGAGUGAAGCCGAGAAAGCAGAAACCGAGAAGUCCAAAUUCUCAAAUUUUAUGAAUCUCCUCUCGUACGAGAAAAUAACAUUUAAUGACGUGCAGAUGCGGCCAUUCCGCACUGAAGAGUUCAAUCACAACCUGUACUACGAGACGACGCGCUUCUCGGCGUUCGGUUGUCUCUUCAGCAUCAACAUGAGACUCAACGAUGACCGCAGAGACACUCACCUCACCAACGACCGCUACCUCUCAUACCAGUUGGUGCUGCGUGGCAAGCCGUCCCCACCGCGGUUCUUGGUUCACUUCAGCAUCGUGCGUGGCCCGUACGGCGGCAUGAAGGUGCUGCCUAACGUAGCUCAGCACGAGUUCACUGAGACGCUCACUGAGAGCUCCUGGAACCUGCUGCCUCUGGUCGACAGCGCCGAGUGCAACAGACUUCUUGCCAACCGCAACAUUGACUUCAGGAUAGUGAUGAGCCAGCAGCCGGUGAGCAGCCUCUGAACGGCCCCUGCUACCGACCCUAGAAUCACGUUCGGCCACCGCCCCCCAUGCUUUCUGCGCCUGUCCUUCCAUCGCUGUCAUUUCCACGUGGAUUCUCUGUAGCCAUUUCUGCGCCUGUCCUUCCAUCGCUGUCAUUUCCACGUGGAAUCUCUGUAGCCAUUUCUGCGCCUGUCCUUCCAUCGCUGUCAUUUCUUCAGUUUGUUCGUAAUGUUCUUUGUCGUACAUUUGUAGCCUUAAAAGUUGGGCCAGUUUUAGUAUCAGUACGUUUUCGAUUUUUUUUGUUUUGUUUUGUGGUAAGCAUUUUUUUCAUUCUUAAAAUACAAACCGUCUUGGAAUGUCUCGUUUUCGCGAUUUCCGUGGCGACACAAGGCAUUGUUUUACAAAUUUUCCCGAGGCUUCUUUUGUAAUUCGUCGUCAGAGUUGACACAGUCUGAUCACAGUGUUAACGAAAGUUCUGAAUUUCAUUUGAAGGUCCCGCAUUUUAUGUUUUAUUAUAUUAUGUUUAUGUACGUGGACAUUUUUUUUAAUAUUCCAUAUGCACUAAGGAUGGGCCAAGUCUCAUCAUUACUCGUCUCUUCGAUACUUAUUGCAUUGUUGCUCAUGUCUUCACUACUCAUCUCAUCCUCACUUGUGACCUCUUCACUCGUCUUCGUUACUCGUGACCUCAUUACAUGUGUUUUCAUUACUCAACUCUUCGUUUCUUGUGUCUUCUUAAUCAUUUUCGUUUUUACGAUUAUUCUCAGCAUAUGGUUAGGGAUGUUUUCCAGAAAUCAUUUUGUCUCUAAAACUAAAAUUGAAAAUUGCAAACUAAAUUUAAAUGAUUAUAUUUUAUUUAUUUGUUUAAAACAUAUUAUUUAUUUCUCAUUUGGAAGUUAAAUCACCAAUUAAUUGUUCGUUGACAAUUUAUUUCUCUAGAUGAUAUUCUACAUCUGUAUAUACCGCAAAAUACUUGCCAGAUAUUUGAGAAGGAUCUCUUCCGUAGAUGUAGUUGUGCAUAGUUUCUAAGUGGCUUCAUUUAGUGUUUUGUGUUACUCUUCUCUAGAAUAUUUCUUUUCGUCAGUUACUUGGAUUAAUUGUAAUUGACUGAGUAGCUAUUUUUGUCAGAGAUUGCUUCUGUGGCAAACUUGAGUUGUGGCAGCUUGAUUUUCUAUUAUUGGCUAGAACAUGUAAAUAUUAUUGGCUUGAACAUGUAAAUUGUCUCGAGCAAAUAUUGGGUGCGAGUAACACACGUAACUGUUUGUGUUCACUGAUAGGUCAAUCUGAUAAUUGAGGUAACUGUCACUCAAUUAUGGCUUCUUGUUUGCCACGAUAACUUGACUAUUUCACUGCUUAGGUUUUCAUGUCUUCCUUUUGGCUGUGUCUUGGGAUUAUUUAUCGCGUUAACCAUCCUCAGCAUCAAGUGGAACUCCGUAGUCCUAAGCACUGAGACCAGCGCACUAACUAUGAAUAUUCAGCCGUCCUUAGUAUUUAUUUUUUUUGUAUGUGUAUCAGAAAAUUCAUGUAUGCCUGUCAAAUCAAAUCCCUUCCCUUGAAUUUUAGACACAAAGCUUACCAUUCUGCUACCGCCUGGAAAGUUUUUGAUGGUAACGUCUUGAAUAAGUUUCCUUCGUUCACAAGCCAAAAUCCUCUGUGUCACGGUCGCACUAGGUAAUGCUAGGAAUCUGCGUUACCUUCAUGUAAUCGGACCGAUAUAAUCAUUCACCGUAUCGGAAAUACCCAAUGAGGAAGUCCAAAACAUUGUCUGCGGAUGCUUUAACUGCACUUAGAAGCCUAUAACUUGCUGUACCGUCAAUAAACUCGGGUUAAAAAACCCUCAGACAGAUAACCUGCCAUUAACUGAAGCCCUGGUGCAAUAUCUCAUACAGGAAAUGUUCAAAAGAUACAUUUUUAUUACUUAUGUUUAUCAUCCCUUCGUCUCUCGGAACUACUGCUGUAAUGGUUUUGCUUGAAAUAUUUUGUGUAGAAAUCUCUGAGUUGAGCUUUAUCUCUUCUAUGUCAUACUUAGAUCUCUGCAUAAACCCUCAUGUUAGACCGAUUAAUCUCGCCCGAAUCUCAUUCUAAAAACGGCGUAUCCCAUAUAAUUGUUUCACUGCCGUUUUAUCAGUCACUUGGAAUGGUUUCUGAAUUUUUUGUUAUUGCUACCUAAAUUAUUGUGAUGAAUAUAUACUUAUGGUGCGAGCUAUUCUGUUUAGUUAUGCUUUUCGUUGCAGGUUCCGGUACAUUUAAUUUUUAUUUUUUUAUUUAAAUUUAAUUUAAUUGCCAAAAUAUUUAACGAUUGUAGUAGUUGAAGUAGGUUAUGAUAGCUCGCCAUAAUGAGAUUUUAGAUUGUAAAGUUGUCUCUUGUAAUUGCGUUUUUGGUUCUAUUGCUCAUGAUGUGUUAGCCUAGAUAACAUUUGUUUGUCGAGUAAAAAUAGUUCAGGUUUAGAUAACAUUUGUUUGUCGAGUAAAAAUAGUUCAGGUACUUGAUUUGCAAGUCUACAUUAGAUUUACCGCUCUUAUUUAAGUGUAAGACAAUUACAAUUUAGGUCUAAGAAUAGAUCUAUAGAGCCGACCAUGAGUUAUUUGAAGACGUUAAUGCCGGUUGUCAAGAAUAUAUGAACAGGACUGCGUCCUGCAGCAUCCGACGAUCAUGUGGUGUGUCCAGUAUCACCAUUUCACAUGAGGCUUAUUGGAAUAACUGCUUCUGUUAUGCUUUAAUUUAACCUAUUUUAUAAUAAACUAUGCACUCAA